AUGGAUGCUGCGACGGUGGUGGUUCGCAAACUUACGGGAGAGACCAUCGAGUGCCAGGCGGACUUGUCCAUCACUGUCGAUGCUUUCAAGCACAAGAUCGCGGAGAAGGUCUCUGUUCCGGCCCUGUGCCAGAGAUUGACUCUCCAUGAUGUUGGCGAGAAGUUUUCUGAAAGCCUUCUGCAGCACAUGAUACCGUAUCAUCUGCAAAGAGUGGGGGAACCAAUCCAAGAUUUGAGCAAGUCACAUGUGGCGGAAGUGAAAGCUUUCCGGAAUCCCCCACGGAUGGUGGUCUCCUGCCUCACUGUCGUGCUGGCGCUUGUCGGAAGCAGCAAACUCAUAGGUAGCAAAACAGACGCGGAAGGGGUGCCAGCGCCGUUGUCCUGGGAGCAAUGCAAGUUCAUGAUGCGAGACGUCAAGAACUUUCUAGGUGCUGUGCAGAACUGGCCUCAAGAAGUACUCUGUGGGGAAGUGAGUGAGAGCCAAGUGCGCCGCGCGGAAGAGCUCAUCGAGCAGGCGCAGCCCUUCGAUCCCCGACACAUGGCCCGUGCAAGUUUUCUGGGUGCAAGACUCUGCGAAUGGGUGCUCGGAGCAUUGAAGUUUUACAGGGUCGAUGCUCCCAGACUUGCAGAGCAGCGUGCUGGCGGGAUCGCAUCAGUGGAGCUGGAAAACCUUGCCCCAUUGGGCAUUUACUGUCAGGAAGUGUCGGAGUUCCACUUGUCACUGGUGGCUGACCUUGAGCCGGUGUGGUCUGCGCUGCAAGUGCACGACAAGCAGCUGCUGGCGAUUCAGGCACUAGGAGUGUUGGGAAGCAAGUGCCCGCAGAGAGCCUUGCAAGAACUGGCUUCCAAGCUCCUGGCUUCUGACCAGCUCCGGGAGGCUGCGCUGCAUUCCGUGCGAACAGCAUGGACAAAGGAUACAGAGGCAGCAACAUUGCUGUUGGAGUCCUUGCCAGCCCCUCACACGCAGCAGCCCACAAAAGAGGCCCUGGCGGCUUUGGUUCACCUUGGGCCUUCAGAUUUUCGCGUCUUGGAAUGGGUCAUACAUGCCCUGAAUUCUGGGAGCGACGAAACUCGACAUGUGGCUCUUCAACUGUUCAAGUCAAUGGAGGAGAAUGCUGAUGCAGACAAGGUAAUCGCCCGCAUCAUUUCGUCCAUGUUCCAAGCUGCUGCUGAUGAUCCGCCUUCGUCGCAAGCUUGCAUCUUCGACGCCUUGGUUACUGCGAGCAAGCGGGACUAUCAGACCGCUAUCAGCCUCCUCUCAGAGCGGCUGCAGCCUACUCAACCUACUUGGGUACAGUCACGAGCUGCUGCUGCAGCUGCACAGACUGCUGCCGAGGAGGAGCACUCGAUCACAACUGCUCUUCGCGAAUUGCUGAAGAGCCUCACUGGUGGUCAUCUCGUGGUGGUCGCAGCAGGACUGUUGCAAAUUUCACCGGCAUCUUAUGGAGAGGCGAUUGGGAGCCUUUGCCUGGAGCUGAACCGGAAUCGAGGUAUAGACCGUCUCGACACCAUCAAUGCCCUCUCCAAAUAUGCCAGGGAGUCUGACAAGUCUGUCAUCGAUGGUCUUUCGACAUACCUCUUGCAUGCCAAACGUGUUCUUGAAAAGGAUGGGACGCCACCGAUAAUGGCUGCACUGCGUACGCUGAAAAGGGUUGCUGAGCCAUAUCCGGACAGGAUAGAUGAGGCUCGCACAGGCGUGCUGGCAGCUUUGGCAGCCAAGACGGCUGCCACGGGCGGGAAGGAGUACAUGGUUAAACUUGUAGCCCUCGCCAAAGAGCAGGGUGCACCUCCGCGGACAGUGCUCGUUGAGCUCGCGAAGGGUUUUCAGAAUCACAACAAUUCAGUAAGAGAUGCUUGUAAGGGUGUCUUUGGCAAGCUUUGUCAGCCCGGUGAUGACACGGCGAUUGACGUCGUGAUGAAGGCGAUUCAAAGCGACAUUUACGGAUGGUCCCGAUGCGCAGCCAUCGAAAUGCUGCCAAAGAUUGUAGCUGUUCCCCGACCAGACGUGACUGGAUGUCUUCUGGAGUUGUGUCGCGAAGCAGAUGUGGCUAUCCAAUCGGCGGCCCUUAGUGCCAUGAGGCUCUGCGCCUCACCGUCGGCAGAAACAGCAGAGGUUGCGAGGAGCCAUCUGCAGGACACAGACGAGUCGGUUCGACUGGAAGCCAUGCAAGGCCUCGCAGCACUGGAGCCGAAGCAAGAGCUGUUGCUGGACGUGCUUCUGGAACGCACUGAGGAUGAAGCGUCGAUCGUUGUCGUGACUGCCAUUGAGCUCAUGGCCACUGUGCCCGCUGCUGGUCGCGAGAAGGAGGUUUGCCACAAAUUUGCGAAACUACUCCAGCAUGCGAACUCACAAGUCCGCGAAGCUGCUGCAUCUGCGUUGGGUCGAAUGACUGGCGAUGGCAGGGCUUUUGCAAUUGGUGCUCUCGAGCAGCCGACUCAUUGGCCUGAAACAGACAUCGCGGUGCUUCGUGCUCGGGAAACGGCACGGCAGAAGCUGGGCACGCCAUGA